AUGGCGACCUCAACAGGUCUCACAAUUGUGAUCAAAUUAGGAACGAGUUCGAUUGUUGACGAGAAAACCCACGAGCCGAUUCUUUCUAUCUUGACAUUGAUCGUGGAAACGGUAACCAAGCUACACAGAGAUGGCCACCGGGUCGUCCUUGUAUCAUCUGGUGCCGUGGGCGUUGGUCUGCGAAGGAUGAAUGUGGACGAAAGACCGACAUAUCUGCCCCGUAUACAAGCUCUCGCUGCAGUUGGCCAAUGUCGACUGAUGAGUCUUUGGGAUAAUCUAUUCUCGCAUCUUCGUGUCCCUGUGGCUCAGAUUCUUUUGACGAGAAAUGAUAUUGCUGAUAGAACCCAGUAUGUUAACGCGCAAAAUACAUUUGGUCAAUUAUUUGAUAUGGGAGUGAUUCCCAUUGUCAACGAAAAUGAUACCCUGGCCGUUUCUGAAAUUAAAUUUGGCGACAACGAUACCCUUUCUGCAAUUACAGCGGCUAUGGUCAAGGCUGACUAUCUGUUUUUGAUGACCGAUGUCGAUUGUCUUUAUUCAGCAAAUCCCAGAACCAACCCAGACGCAAAACCCAUUGAGGUGGUGACCGAUAUCUCCUCUCUCGAGGCUGACGUCUCGUCCGCAGGCUCCUCCCUUGGCACUGGAGGCAUGAGCACGAAGAUUGUGGCUGCAAAGCUUGGAACCAGUGCUGGUGUCACGACAGUCAUCACCAAGAGCUCAAAGCCAGGCAACGUUCACGACAUUGUGAAGUACCUACAAUAUCUCGAGGCUCGGUCCAAUGGCGUAGCAACUGACGACCAAAACGAGCCACCCACUGCCCCUCUCCACACCCGAUUCAUCCGUUCGGAUACCCCGAUUCAGUCACGGACAUUCUGGUUACUCCAUGGACUAUACCCCCAUGGUACAUUAUACAUCGAUCACGGAGCAUACCACGCACUUUUGAAUAAUGCCAACCUUCUCCCGGCUGGAGUGGUUGGGGUUGAAGGCCAUUUUGGACAGCAGGAAUCUGUGCGGCUAGUAGUUGUUGAUCGGCCAUCGCCAGAUGCCUUGAACGGGGACUUUAUCCACCACAGAGAGGAACCCAAGGAGGUCGGUCGGGCUCUGGUGAACUACGGAAGCAUUGAAAUCACACACAUCAAAGGCCACCGCAGCACACAGAUUGAGACGCUACUUGGCUAUGCCGAUAGCUACUAUGUGGCGAUGCGAGAGAACAUCUCGUUUCACGAGGACCACAAUCACACGGUGACACCGACAUUAACACCGGCCUUGGAGGAAUGGAAGUCGCCUUGA